GCCCGACGUCCGGACGUACUUUCGGAUUGCUCCCACGGUGAGAGAUGACCAGCUUGGCCCAGCAACGCUAACCUGAACAUCGCUGUCGAGACCGAGUGCCGGUCAAAUUGGCUACUUUCAUCGUGAAACCUCCAAGUCCAUCCCAACAAUAGGCCCCCGCCGUGGUAGUGGCAGUGCUUCUAUCCGCUCCCGCUCUCAAAGAUUACCAUUCGCUGGAACGGGAAAGGUCCGUGCUCUCGAGGCUCUCUAGACGGCAUCUAUUAAAGAAGGCCCGUCAGCCGGCGAACACGGUCAGUUGCGAGAUCUACUGCUACACGUUAUAUAUGCCAACCUUCUUGAAUCUCGACACUUGACGGAAACCCUCUUUUGGAUCCCAUCAGACAAGCCCCGAGCCGAGCAUACCGUCCUGCAGAUACAGCAGCAGCAGCAACGCCCAGUUCAACCCGAAAAUGAAAGGCCAUACUUACAUGACCGUCGCUUUCGCGUCGUGGCUGCAACUUGCCGCGUCUGCGAUAUGGCAACCGGCCGUUGGUACGACGUGGAACAUUCAACUGCUCGAACCAUUGUCGAAAGCAUCAACCAAUGGCCUCCAGGCCUGGGACAUCGAUCUCUUCGACAACAGUGCAGCCAUAAUUUCAGGCCUGCAAAAGAACUCGAGCAAAGUCAUCUGCUAUUUCUCGGCCGGAAGCUACGAGCCCCAGCGGCCGGACUCUGGAAAAUUCACCAAAGCCGAUCGCGGAAAAGGACUCAACGGCUGGCCGGGCGAGUAUUGGCUCGAUGUCAAGUCCCAAAAUGUCCGCAACAUCAUGGUCGAUCGCAUCAAGUUGGCCAAAUCCAAAGGUUGUGACGCUGUCGACCCGGACAAUGUCGACGGCUAUUCCAAUGACAACGGCUUGGGCUUGACCAAGGCAGACGCCGUCGACUUUGUCAAAUUCCUGGCGGAACAGGCGCACGCCCAAAACAUGGCGAUAGGUCUGAAGAACGCCGGGGACAUCAUCCCCGAUGUCAUUGACCUUGUCCAAUUCAGCGUCAACGAGCAGUGUGUCGAGUAUCAAGAGUGCAGCACCUUUGAGCCUUUCAUCCAGAAAGGCAAGCCGGUCUUCCACAUCGAAUACCCCAAGGGCGACAAUACCAAUAAUAACAAGCCGGUUCCCGCGGCCAAGGCGAACAAAAUAUGCAGUGAUGGCGCAUCGCAGAAAUUCUCCACACUUCUGAAGAACAUGGACCUCGACGCCUGGAUGCAGACUUGCGAUAACAAGGGCGUCCGAUCUACGAGUGGUGCAAGCAAAAGUGGGAGAUAAAAACGAUAUCGACCUGGCGGACCUGGACCAGAGUCACGCAAAUGGCCAUGUCACGCCAUCAUGAUCUCACGCGUGAAUGGAUGCAAAUCAAGUAGCCAAGUUCAUUGAACUGGGUGUUGAGGAAUCAUCGCUUGUUUCUGGACAGAAACAAGCUUUCAUUGGCUGGAUUGUCUUCGGUACCUCUUCCUCUGUCCGCCGCAUGCGUAAUAUAAUCAGCCGAGCGCUGUUCGUCGUGAUCAUGUGUCCUGGGAAACACGGCGCCAGCCGAAGGAACUGGACUGUGUCGUAGCGGAAGAAAUUAUUGCGAGCUUCCAGCAUGUUUCUAAGGCCCGCGGAAGCUCCGGCAGUGACGGAGUGUUGUCGUGUCAACCGUAGGCUGCCGUGUGCGUGCCUGUUGCCUCCAGGACGUCGAGGGGCGCAUUGACCUGGUCGGUGCUGUCGAGCCUACCUGACUCAGAUCCUGGUUUUUGUGGCUGAGCGUCAACUAUCCCGAUGAAUAGGACAUUUUCAUCAGCCGCCUUGAACGAUAUGACCAGGCCCAGUACAUUCGGCAACCGUAGCGGCCAACGUCCGGCGUUCAUGCACAUUAUGUUCUAAGGGGGAGGGCAUGGUUGAACUCUGUGCAAUCAAGAAUAGUGGCUCUCUCGCUUUGCUCGAGACGAACGGUAGCCAGACUCGACCUCGGCGUCACUGCACCACUUUCUUGCUCGG